UUUUUUAAAGCGAUACGCCCACCGACACGGGGUUUCCGCUCUAUGAGCUCGACACAUGCGCCGACGCAUUGGUGUAAUUCGUAGUACUCCUUGGUUGCAGGACAGAAGUGCGGGCCGCUUCCAUUAGCAUGGUAGCUACCACAAGGAUAACUUAAUGAUAUUUAGCUUGAUAAUUGGCAUUAUCGUCGAUUUACAACUGUCUUUUGUCAAGUAGCUGCAAAGGCUACUCUGAACAGCGUCCUCGACGAAUGUUCGAUCGCAAAUGAGCCAUCAUCACAUGCUGGUUCUUGCCUGUACCGUGGAACUUACUCAAGAUUGAGUAUUAGCAAUGUUGAUUGCAGGCAUGCCCCCGAUUUUAAAUCUUAAUGCCUUCAUGCACUCUACCAGAUGAUAACGCAUAAUCACGUUUGCUAAAACAGGUCCGAUCUACAUGAAGUCGUUUUGUGUAUAGGAUCGCUUUGAGUUUACGUUUGUUUGUUUGUUUGUUAGCCAAACAUCGCUGAACAAGUGUUGUGAUUACAGUGUGAAAAUGUUUGCAAGGACCACAGCAGAGUAUAUGGAGGAAAAGUACCGUAGUCGUCAACGACUGGAAGAUCUAUGGCUGCAGCCUUAUGUUGUGUUGCGCAGAGCAGAAAGUGAAGCUAUUUGUCCGAAGCAGCAGGAGCCAGAGCGCACUCACAUUAAAGAGGAGGAUGUAGACAUUGAGGUCCAGCACUUCAAUGAACAAACGGAGCAGAAGUUUCUUUGCACCAUAAAAGAGGAGGAAGAGCCGGAGCGGGAUUGUAAUAAAGAGGAGGGAGAGGACUCCUGCGACAUUAAAGAGGAGGGAGAGGCCUCCUGCGACAUUAAAGAGGAGGGAGAGGACUCCUGCAACAUUAAAGAGGAGGGAGAGGACUCCUUCGACAUUAAAGAGGAGGGAGAAGACUUCUAUGACAUUAAAAAGGAAGAGGAGGAAGAUGCCUGCAAGAUGCCAUUGACUGGUGUCCCUUUGAAGAGUUUAGAUGAGGGUCAACAUGAGGUGAGCAAACGGGCGGAGCUUCCAAGCUGCAGCUCAAGUCAACAAAUGACCAGAGAAGGUGAUGAAGACCACUGUGGAGGAUCACAAGCAGGUCCACCAUCAGAUAGCGAUAACGUGUCAUCACAUGUUCCUGCUCCUGCUGAUGAUGAUGAUGAGUCUCAAAACAAACACAGGCAAUGUUCUCAGUGUGGGAAACGUUUUGCUAAUAACAGUGGUUUGAAACAACACAUGAGAAUACACCCAAGAAAGGAAAACGUUUCCUGCUCAGAUUCUGGCCAAAAAUUCUCUCGAAGGGAAUAUUUAAAAAGGCACACAAGAAUCCACACUGGUGGCGAGAAACACUUUUCCUGCUCAGAUUGUGGCAAAACAUUCUCUCAAAGGGAAUAUUUAAAAAGUCAUACAAGAAUCCACACUGGUGAGAAACCUUUUUCAUGCUCAGUUUGUGGCAAAAGAUUCUCUCUGAGUGGAAAUCUAAAAGUGCACACAAGAAUCCACACUGGCGAGAAACCUUUUUCAUGCUCAGUUUGUGGCCGAAAAUUCACUGACAAGGGAAGUCUAAUAAUUCAUACAAGAAUCCACACUGGUGAGAAACCUUUUUCAUGCUCAGUUUGUGGCCAAAAAUUCUCUCGAAGUGGACAUUUAAAAGAGCACACAAGAAUCCACACUGGCGAGAAACCUUAUCCAUGCUCAGUUUGUGGCAAAAAAUUCUCUCAGAGUGGAAAUCUAAAAGUGCACACAAGAAUCCACACUGGCGAGAAACCUUUUUCAUGCUCAGUUUGUGGCCAAAAAUUCACUGACAAGGGAAGUCUAAUAAUUCAUACAAUAAUCCACACUGGUGAGAAACCUUUUUCAUGCUCAGUUUGUAGCCAAAAAUUCUCUGACAAGGGAAGUCUAACAAUUCAUACAAGAAUCCACACUGGCGAGAAACCUUUUUCAUGCUUAGUUUGUGGCAAAAGAUUUUCAGUGGAGAAGUCCUUAAAAAGUCAUACUACAAGAAUCCACACUGGUGAGAACCCUGUUGCCUGCUCAGUCACUUUCCAAAUAGUUUCAUUGAGAAUUCCGUGUGUUGGCGAGAUGAGCAGAUUGGUGAAGUUUUCACCUUCUAUUUGAGUAGACUUCAUGAGUUUUUGCAUCAAUAAUGAUGUAGUUAACUGGCCUCGGGGUGAUAAUAGUUUUGUUGUUUUCGUUAUACUUGGUGUUAUUUUGGUUUUAGUUAAGGUAUUUAACAGUAAAUAAAUUUAAUUCAUAUUCAGGGCAAGUUGCUUAGUUUCUAUUAGUGUUUAGGGUUUAGUUUUGUUCGGCUUUUCAUGUUCAUGUUAAGGUUUUUGCCCCCAUAUUUGUCAAGACUUGUUAAGAAGAAAAAUCAGAAGCAAGCAAGACACUUUUUUUUCUUGUGUGGCGAUUUAGCCCUGCUCUCUGCACUGGAAAAAGCUAGCCAAUCAAGAAGGGGCCUCACACCAUAUCUGAAGCGAAGUGGGACAACUACAGGGAGAAAAGAAAGCUCAGAUGCAUAAUGAUUAAUUCUUUUCAUUUUGCAAUGAAAAUAGAUUAAGCAAUUUGUGUAGAAAUACUGAAUGACAAAAUAUGAAAGCAAGUGGAAUGCCUUGGAAUCAUGAAAUAAAAUGAGUGAAUUAUAGCAAAAGACAUUGAUCAAUGUGGAAUCAUGUGAAGUAUUGAAUCAUAUGGAAUUAUGUCGAAUAUUAGACAAUGACGAACGAUGGAAUCA